AUGAUAAAACUAAUCGUCAUCCUCGGCAUAACAGGCGAACAAGGCUCCUCAAUCGCAUCCCACUUCCUCACCCUCCCCUCCUACACCCUCCGCGGCCUAACCCGCAAACUCACCUCCCCCGCCGCACAAUCCCUCCUCUCACGCGGCAUCUCCCUCCACGCCUGCGAUCUAAACGAUCCCUCAACCCUCCCUUCCGCCUUCGCCGGCGCACACACCAUCUUCGCAACCACCGAUUUCUGGGGACCGUUCUACAACCCUUCUACCCAAUCCGCUCUCGGACCCAACCAAUCUCUAGGCGAAUAUUGCUAUGAAAUCGAGCUCCAGCAAGUAAAGAACAUAUUCGACGCCGCGGCAAAAACAGAGGGUUUGCAACGAUUAGUAAUCUCCACGCUGGUGGAUGUGCAGACGCUUAGUGGGGGCCGGUAUGAGAAUGUGUUUCAUUGUGAUGGGAAAGCGAGGGGUGUGGCGUAUGGAAGAGCAAAAUAUCCUGAAUUGUGGGGGAAGGUGGAUCAGGCGUUUGUGCCCAAUUAUAUGAGUAAUUGGUUGGGGAAGAUUAAGUUGCGGAAGGAAGAAGAUGGGUCGUGGAGACUUGGGUUGGUGGGAACGGGGGCGAGGCCGUUACCACAUCUUGAUGUUGAGGCUGAUUUGGGGGCGAUUGUGGCUGCUAUUCUUGAGGGUCGGCCGGGGAAGAAAGUUCUUGCUGCUGGGGACAUGGUGUCGUGGAGUGACCAAAUGAGGAUUUGGUGUGAGAUGAACAAGGUGCCAUUUGGUGGUUUCGACAGUCUGCCUAUUGAGGUGUUUGAUAAGUUCUUUCCUAUUCCUGGUCUGGGUAGAGAGUUGGGUGAGAUGAUGGAGUUUAUGGAGGUGUUCGGUUACGUGGGUGGAGAUCCAGAGGUUGUGCUUCCCGGACAGCUUGAAUCACCACCAAAAUUGACAUCUUGGAGGGAGUAUGUGGAGAAACAUGAAUGGUCGAGCAUUCUUAAUGCUUGA